CUCGGACUUAACUGAAAUGCUAUUAGCACGCACAUGGUGUAAGAUAAUCAGUCUUAUUUUUCACAGAUCACAUGCAAGUCGAGAUACAUAUUUGUACUAAACUAAGAUUUGUUUCAGGAUUGGCCGGAAGAAAACUACUGUUCUUGGGGUGGUGGUGGCGUUCAUUGUUUCCGUGGUUGCGGUUCUUUUCCAGCGAGAUUUGAAGAACACAGGUUUCAUGGUGGCAAAUAUCAUCAUGGCUCAGGGUUUCGCCAAGUUUUUCAUCAACAUGGCAUUCUCUUCAAUCUACGUGUACUCAAGCGAACUCUUUCCGACUGUUGUAAGGAACAUAGGCAUGGGAAGCUCUUCCGCUGCAGCUCGCAUAGGAUCUAUGUCCGCGCCUUAUGUUGUUUGGCUGGUCCGUGUGCACCUUCUUUUGCCGUAUUCCACUGUAGCAGUACUUGCUGCUGUUUGUGCUGGCCUGUGCUUUCUGCUGCCAGAGACAAGAGACAUGCCAACUCUUGAGAAUAUGGAUUCCGUCAAGAAGGACUCCGCCAGCAAAGCCGAGGAUACGGAGAACGGCAAUCUUCCCCUUAAGCCGGGCGAAGACAAAGAAGACAUGGGGGAAUUGCUGCUCAAUCAGAGUUAUCACGCUUAAGACAUCCAAUCGAAAAACGGAUUCCUUUAUUUCAGUUACUCAAUAUUUACACGAUUGUCAUGGGUGAAAUUAUAGGAAUUACCAGGAUUUUCGAAGAUGGCGCGCCAUAAACGAAUAUGUCGGAAAAUUUCCGGUGUCUCGGUCUCGGUUUGAAUUUCUCCAAACACCAACUCUUCGACAGUAUUUUUACCUUCUUAAAAUCGACGAAUUCAGAAGUGGUUUUUUUUCUUUUUUGAUUUUGCAUUGGUUUAGGCGCGCAUAUUUUUCGAAAGUUUGCUUUUCACUAGAGGAUAAGCGUUUCAGGGAGCAAGGAAGAAAGCAUAAACACAAUUUUAAAUUUGUUGCUAGCUUUACUUAAUUAAUGGCUCCCAUUUUUGGUCUGGGCUUGAGUGUUGUCGAGGCAGGGCGUAACUCGUGCCUAAGGUGUAAGAGUUGACAGGUAUAAGCUAUGUAAGGGAAAAGUUUUAAACUGCGACUUCAUGCAUUGUAACAAGGUUGUUUAAGUGCGCGAUUAUUUCACGAACUUGCACUUUUUCCAGGGUGGGGAGUCACUCACGUAGAUCAACUUUACAUUUUGUUUACUUUUAAAUACAUCGACAAAUCUAGAUGGCCUUCUUGGAAGUUUCAUUUUCCUUGUUUCGUAGUGGCGCUGGUAUUUUGAAGUUCUUUUUUUAGGGCGUGUUAUCUAAGCUAUAAAAAUGUCUAGAUUUGAUGUAGUAAGGUGUAAUGGUUUCGCGUCCAAACACGAUCAAACAUUGUUUGGUGACCAAACAUGUUAAUGUUGUACAGUGACCAAACGGUAUCAACAUGUUUGAACGAACAAAAUGUUUUAGUGUUCCAUCAAAUGUUUGACGUCGUUCAAAUUUUAUCAAACACGGUCAAACACGAUCAAACAAUGUGUCCAAACGGGAAAAUGUUUGGUCACAAAACAAUGUUGGAUCGUUCCCGUUUAGACCUGGCUUUUAGCUUACUUUCAGUAAGUGUUGAAUGUAAAUAAAAAUGAGGUUUUUCCUUA